GGUGCUUUCACCGUGACAAGAUGGGUAAACUAACAUUGUACGGCUUCGAUCCCAGUAUCCCCGUUCGGGCCGUGAAGCUGACCCUGGCGGCCCUCGACCUGCCCUACGAGUUUGUCAACGUCAACGUCUUUGGCAAGGAUCAACUCUCCCCGGAGUUUCUGAAGAAGAAUCCCCAGCACACGGUGCCCACGUUGGAUGACGAUGGCCACUUCCUCUGGGACUCGCACGCCAUCAUCGCCUAUCUGGUGUCCAAGUACGGAAAGACCGACGCCCUCUACCCCAAGGAUCUGCUCCAGCGAGCUGUGGUGGAUCAGCGAUUGUAUUUCGAGUCCGGAGUACUCUUUGCCGGAGUCCUCCGUCGCACCGGCACGGCAGUCUUCCAGAGUCAGAAACCGCUUCCCAAGGAACGUUACGACGCGAUCAUUGAGGCCUAUGACUUCGUGGAGACCUUCCUCGAGGGUCACGACUACAUUGCUGGCAAUCAGCUGACCAUCGCGGACUUUAGUAUCGUCUCUUCGGUGACCUCCCUGGCGGCUUUCGUGGCCUUUGAUCCUGCCAAGUAUCCCAAGACCGAUGCCUGGAUCAAGAGGUUGGAGAAGCUGCCCUACUACGAGGAGGCCAACGGCAAGGGAGUCAAGAUAUAUAUUGAGACGUUCCAGGCAAAGAAUUUCACCUUUGAAAAAGAAUAAUCUGUCAUGUUAAAUUCAAAAGAAAAACCAAUAUUUGUU